GAAUUACUGUGAGUUCUGAGAGAAAGACAUGCUGAAAGGAAAGUCCAAAGAGCGACAAAUCGGUCUGUUGUACUCUAGGAACCCGCUGCUGGAUCAAGACUACCUGUGGGCGCUGUAGUGAAAGGAACAACAGCUAGCGGCGUUAUCAAUCUACCAGCGAAACACACAACACACAUUUAUAUGGCAAAGUUCCUCGCUGAGCUGCUGGGAUGUACACUGCCCGAGAAAGGAGCAUCUCCCAUGUUCGAGUGCAGGAGUCAGCCACACAUCGGACUGAGGCACGUCACCAAACAACGGGACAAAAUGCCUCAGACGCCACCCUUUCCAGUGAUGUAUGGAUCCACCAAUGGAUACAACAAGAAUCUCUACAAGGCCAAGGAAGAGGACUAUGAAGGCUUGUAUUACCAUGACAACAACCUGAUAUCUGGGUCCUUGGAAGCUCUUAUUGAGCACUUGGUUCCUACAGUGGCGUACUAUCCAGAUAGGACAUAUAUCUUCACAUUCCUGCUCAGCUCGCGUCUCUUUCUUCACCCAUAUGAGCUGAUGUCCAAAGUGUGCCAUUUAUGUGUGGACCAGCAGAGACUCAGUGAUCCUCAGGCAGACAAGGCUAGAGUCAGGAAAAUUGCUCCCAAGAUCCUGCAGUUGCUGACUGAGUGGACGGAGACGUUCCCCUAUGACUUUAGGGAUGAGAGGAUGAUGAAGAGCCUGAAGGAACUAACACAUCGUCUGAGCACUGGAGAGGAUCUGUAUCGUAAGGCGGUGCAACAGAUGACACAAACGCUGAUCCGUAAGCUCACCACACUGAGUCAGUAUGAAGAAGCGCUGGCCAAGAUCAACUCCUCGGUGACGGACAGACUAACCGUGCUGAAGACCAAACCGCAGUCCAUCCAGAGAGACAUUCUGACCAUCUGCAACGACCCCUUCACCCUGGCACAACAACUCACACACAUUGAACUGGAAAGGCUAAGCUACAUCGGACCGGAGGAGUUUGUUCAGGCGUUUGUUCAGAAAGACCCUCUUGAUAAUGACAAGAAUUGCUUCAGUGAUCACAAGAAGGCAAGUAACCUGGAGGCUUACGUAGAGUGGUUCAACAGGCUCAGCUACCUGGUGGCGACGGAGAUCUGCAUGCCUGUCAAGAAGAAACAUCGGGCUCGAGUCAUCGAAUUCUUUAUCGACGUGGCACGAGAAUGCUUCAACAUUGGCAACUUCAACUCGCUCAUGGCCAUCAUUACCGGGAUGAACAUGAGUCCUGUGUCGCGACUCAAGAAGACCUGGGCCAAAGUUAAAACCGCCAAAUUUGAUAUACUGGAGCACCAGAUGGAUCCCUCCAGCAAUUUCUACAACUACAGGACGGCACUGCGCGGAGCCACUCAGAGAUCCAUCACUGCUCACAGCAGCAGAGAGAAGAUUGUUAUCCCUUUCUUCAGCCUCCUAAUUAAAGACAUUUACUUCCUCAACGAAGGAUGUGCCAACAGGCUCCCGAACGGACAUGUGAAUUUUGAGAAAUUCUGGGAACUAGCCAAACAGGUGACAGAGUUCAUGACUUGGAAGAAGGUGGAGUGUCCUUUCGACAGAGACCGCAAGAUUCUGCAGUACCUCCUGACCGCUCCAGUCUUCAGUGAAGAUGCUUUGUAUCUGGCGUCAUACGAGAGCGAAGGGCCCGAAAACAACAUGGAGAAAGACCGAUGGAAAUCUCUCAGGUCAUCUUUGCUGAACAGGACAUAAUCCUUUGAGGAGCUCCAAAUCAAGUGAUCCUUCUAACAAGCAAAUUGUGUCCCCCUUUUGCCCCUUUCCAAAAGUGAGAAGUAUCCCUGUUUUUCAAGGGAGAUGACAAUCCUUAUUUUGCUGAACGGAGCAUUUUUGUGUUGGAAAGAAGAUCUUUUUGAGAGUCUUUCAUACUGGAUAUUUCAGGCUUUUUCAUCUCUUUGUGCAAACUUUUGUACUCCUUGCCCUCACCUCUCUGUCUCUAAAACAGUUUGAGCAGAAAGAACAAGUUGUUGAAAACGUCUCUACUAGACAAACCAAUUCCAAACUAUCCUGUCAUUCUUCUGUAUUGAGGAAGCCGCUGGUUGGCAAACUCAAUUGGAGAAACUAAAAAAAAAAAAA